CACUGGUCUCUCGACUGUGUACCUGGUAUCUCUGUCUUUAAGGUAAGCACAUCUGACUUCCCACACCGUUGGCUAUCUGUGUCACAUGGAAGUAAAGUAUUGCAUUCAUGUUGGCUAGAAUUUAAGGACAUUUACAGUGAGGGAAAAAAGUAUUUGAUCCCCUGCUGAUUCUGUGCGUUUGCCGACUGACAAAGAAAUCAUCAGUCUAUAAUUUUAAUGGUAGGUUUAUUUGAACAGUGAGAGACAGAAUAACAACAAACAAAUCCAGAAAAACGCAUGUCAAAAAUUUUAUAAAUUGAUUUGCAUUUUAAUGAGGGAAAUAAGUAUUUGACCCCUCUGCAAAACAUGACUUAGUACCUGGUGGCAAAACCCUUGUUGGCAAUCACAGAGGUCAGACGUUUCUUGUAGUUGGCCACCAGGUUUGCACACAUCUCAGGAGGGAUUUUGUCCCACUCCUCUUUGCAGAUCUCCUCCAAGUCAUUAAGGUUUCGAGGCUGACGUUUCGCAACUCGAACCUUUAGCUCCCUCAACAGAUUUUCUAUGGGAUGAAGGUCUGGAGACUGGCUAGACCACUCCAGGACCUUAAUGUGCUUAUUCUUGAGCCACUCCUUUGUUGCAUUGGCCGUGUGUUUUGGGUCAUUGUCAUGCUGGAAUACCCAUCCACGACCCAUUUUCAAUGCCCUGGCUGAGGGAAGGAGGUUCUCACCCAAGAUUUGACGGUACAUGGCUCCGUCCAUCGUCCCUUUGAUGCGGUGAAGUUGUCCUGUCCCCUUAGCAGAAAAACACCCCCAAAGCAUAAUGUUUCCACCUCCAUGUUUGACGGUGGGGAUGGUGUUCUUAGGGUAAAAGGCAGCAUUCCUCCUCCUCCAAACACGGCGAGUUGAGUUGAUGCCAAAGAGCUCCAUUUUGGUCUCAUCUGACCACAACACUUUCACCCAGUUCUCCACUGAAUCAUUCAGAUGUUCAUUGGCAAACUUCAGACGGACAUGUAUAUGUGCUUUCUUGAGCAGGGUGACCUUGCGGGCGCUGCAGGAUUUCAGUCCUUCACGGCUUAGUGUGUUACCAAUUGUUUUCUUGGUGACUAUGGUCCCAGCUGCCUUGAGAUCAUUGACAAGAUCCUCCCGUGUAGUUCUGGGCUGAUUCCUCACCGUUCUCAUGAUCAUUGCAACUCCACGAGGUGAGAUCUUGCAUGGAGCCCCAGGCCGAGGGAGAUUGACAGUUAUUUUGUGUUUCUUCCAUUUGCGAAUAAUCGCACCAACUGUUGUCACCUUCUCACCGGGCUGCUUGGCGAUGGCCUUGUAGCCCAUUCCAGCCUUGUGUAGGUCUACAAUCUUGUCCCUGACAUCCUUGGAGAGCUCUUUAGUCUUGGCCAUGGUGGAGAGUUUGGAAUCUGAUUGAUUGAUUGCUUCUGUGGACAGGUGUCUUUUAUACAGGUAACAAGCUGAGAUUAGGAGCACUCCCUUUAAGAGUGUGCUCCUAAUCUCAGCUCGUUACCUGUAUAAAAGACACCUGGGAGCCAGAAAUCUUUCUGAUUGAGAGGGGGUAAAAUACCUAUUUCCCUCAUUAAAAUGCAAAUCAAUUUAUAACAUUUUUGACAUGCGUUUUUCUGGAUUUUUUUUUUGUUAUUCUGUCUCUCACUGUUCAAAUAAACCUACCAUUCAAAUUAUAGACUGAUGAUUUCUUUGUCAGUGGGCAAACGUACAAAAUCAGCAGGGGAUCAAAUACUUUUUUCCCUCACUGUAGGUGUAACUGUUUCUACAUUUAUCUGCUCUUAAGUGUUGUGCAAAUAUCUUUACCAAUGUGUUUUCAAAUAAUAAUAAAAUAAUAUAAUAUGCCAUUUAGCAGACGCUUUUAUCCAAAGCGACUUACAGUCAUGUGUGCAUACAUUUUUACGUAUAGGUGGUCCCGGGGAUCGAACCCACUACCCUGGCGUUACAAGCGCCAUGCUCUACCAAUUGAGCUACAGAGGACCACAAAUCAAACCAAAUCAAACCAAUUUAUAGGGGCUAGUCUAGAACAUAUUUUAGUUUGUUGUUGUUGUUGAAAAUGUAGUCUAGCAAGCUACACCACUGAGAAGAUGACUUCAUGCGUGUCAAGUCAUAAUAAGACAGCCUUCCAUCUUUUCAGAUUCAUAUUUCUUCAGUGUUGCCAGUCAGACCAGUUGAGCAACCUAACAUGCAUGUGACUAACUCCACAAAUAAUGAAUGCCUAACGGCUACCUAAGUAUGACUCCCAAUCAGAGACAACGAGCUACAGCCGUCUCUGAUUGGGAGCCACCCUGGCCAACAUAGAUAUACAACAACUAGAACAUAAACAAAUGAAAACUCACACCCUGGCUCAACAUACUAGAGUCCCCAGAGCCAGGGCGUGACAGUACCCCCCCCCUAAAGGCGCGGACUCCGACCGCGCCAACCAAAUACAACAGGGGAGGGACCGGGUGGGCACUCCGCCUCGGCGGCGGAUCCGGCUCCGGACAUGACCCCCACUCCUUCUCUAACCCCCCAAAGUACCCCUGGUCCGGUCUGGCCCUGCUGACCAGAGCUGAACUGAACACUGGUGGAGCGGAUUGCUCUAGCUCCGGCGUGACGCAGCACCUGACCGGUGCCGGACCCGCCACCGGGUGGAACAGGCACGGGCCGUGCCGGACUGACGACGCACACCACUGGCUUGGUGUGGGGAGCAGGAGCGGGCCGAGCCGGGAUGACGAAACGCACCACUGACUUGGUGCGGGGAGCAGGAGCGGGCCGGACCGGGCUGACGAAGCGCACCACUGACUUGGUGCGGGGAGCAGGAACGGGCCGUGCCGGGCUGACGACGCGCACCACUGACUUGGUGCGGGGAGCAGGAACGGGCCGUGCCGGGCUGACGACGCGCACCACUGACUUGGUGUGGGGAGCAGGAGCGGGCCGAGCCGGGCUGACGAAACGCACCACUGACUUGGUGCGGGGAGCAGGAGCGGGCCGUGCCGGGCUGACGAAGCGCACCACUGACUUGGUGCGGGGAGCAGGAACGGGCCGUGCCGGGCUGACGACGCGCACCACUGACUUGGUGCGGGGAGCAGGAACGGGCCGGACAGGGCUGACGAAACGCACCACAGACUUGGUGUGGGGAGCAGGAAUGGGCCGGGCCGAGCUGGCGAUGCGCACCGUAGACUUGGUGCGAGUGGCAGGAACAGGCCGGACCGUACUGGGAACACACACCACUGGCCCUACGUGGGGAUCAGGAACAGGCCGGACCGGACUGGCAACACACGCCAGUACCUCUCGCCGUGCCUCUACAUCUUCCACCCCCUCUUCGACCAGUGGCCCCCGUAACCUGGCGGCCUCUGCCAAUCCGCUGGGCCGCUCUGCCGCGGUCUCCUGCUGGCCCGUCGUCCACGGCGUUAGCCCCCCCCUAAAAAAUUUCUGGGCGUCUCCCCUACACGUGGACCAGGUCUCCAUGUCCCUCGCCAGCCUUUCGCCCUUCUGCCACAAUGUCAAGCCCUUCUCUUCCUCACUCGGCUUGACCCAGUCGAGGAGGCGAAGGAGAUCUGUUAGGGAUCUCCCUGGCGAUGGCUCCUGGACACGCUGCUUGGUCACAUCUUGGUGGUUUCUUCUGUCACGAUCGUCAUUCAUAGAGGAGGACCAAGGCGCAGCGUUGAAUGCGAACAUUUUAUUUAUUAGAAUGAUCACACGAUCAAAACAACAAAACGAAACGUGACGUCCCUGGUUACAUAAACAAACCAACACGGAACAAGAAACCACAAAUAAUGAAUGCCUAACGGCUACCUAAGUAUGACCCUCAGCCAUAGAAAAAAUAUAAAGCACUGUGUUUCUAUGUCUAACGCAUUAAGAAGGAAAGAAAUUCGACAAAUUAACUUUUAAGAAUGCACACCUGUUAACUGAAAUGAAGCUGGUUGAGAGAAUGCCGAGAGUGUGCAAAGCUGUCAUCAAGGCAAAGGGUGGCUACUUUGAAGAAUCUCAAAUCUCAAAUAUAUUUUAAUUUGUUGAACACUUUUUUGUUUACUACAUGAUUCCAUAUGUGUUAUUUCAUAGUUUUGAUGUCUUCACUAUUAUUCUACAAUUUAGAAAAUAGUAAAAAUAAAGAAAAACCCUUGAAUGAGUAGGUGUGUCCAAAACUUUGACUGGUACUGUACAUUACAUUUGAUCUUGGAUUUUAUAUUUCUUUAUUGUAUUCCAUGGGUUUCUGUUUCAAUUUGAUUGUAUUCAUUUUCCAUCACAACCUUUGUGAACAUGCUGAAUGACAUGAUUGAAUGUUAUGUAAUGGUGCUAUAAUUUUAUACUAUCAGUAUUGAGGUAUUUUACUUUCUGCUUACAGUUUGAUUGGGAGUUUUUCAGUGCUGGUUGUUUCCAUCGCAAGGAGGAGGCACUUACAAGAACAGGUAGGUGGAUGAGAAGAAAAUGUUUGAUUGUUUGUGUGUGUGUGUGUUCGUGCGUGUGUGUGUGUGUGCGUAUGUGUACCUGUGUGUGUGUGUGUGUGUGAGUGUGCUAAUGCAACUUAGUUAAUGUAAAAAUGAUUUCCAAGAAGGUGUCUUGGCUAAAUAUCUGUUUACCAGGCUCACUCUCAUUAAUAUGUAACUACCUGAACAUUGCAGAUAGAAUAGUCAUGAAUAGAGCUGACAUGAUUCCUUACUCUAAAUGUCAAAUAGAGGCAUGCAUUUUCUACAGAACCUAAUCAUUAUGUUCCAAAACGUUGUGGCCUACUGAACAUGGCCCCGGCUACUCCCUCUCUGUCUGUCUGUGUCUAUACUCCCUCAUUGAGGCAGAACUAUAGGACUGCAUGGUCUAUCAACUCUAGCUAAAGUCAGAGAGGCACGUUCUAGUAGGGUCACAGGGGCUGGUUGGACAAAGGGAAAAUAAUACCUGAACUAUAGAACAGGGAACAAACAGUGAUAUUACGUAUUUUAUACAGGAUUAGUUAAUGUUUGAAAUAUUGUGAGCUGCAUAAGGAUUUGGAGGAUGAGGACAUUCCAUGUAUUUAUUUCUGUCACUGGUGGGUGCCAGAAGGUAUGCGGGCCAAGAUAGCUGGGGGGCCACUGUUGCUAAUCUUAGAAGGAGUACGUGAUGGAAUAUCCUGACUAGGGUGCAACACGAUACCAUAUAGGGUGAUCCUAUAUGUGGUGAGGAGUGACAUUCAAUAAUGGUUGGCAACUGUUGGAUAGAAUUAGCUUGCAAACAAGUAUAUAAGCUAAGAGAUUUCCUUUGUUCAGUGAGUUCAGAUAGCAAUGGGCCACCCACGUGCCGUUUGCUAUGUGAACCCGGUACCGCAAUAUUAAAUACUUUGAAUCAACUCUCCAUCUAAGUGUUUAACUAUUCUCUUGCAUCCUGAAUUAAUUGACACUGGAGAAACUCCUCAUAACAAACAGUAACAGUACAAACUAUUCACUGAAUGUCCAUACAUACAAUAACCCAUCCAGAGCACUGUCAGUAGUUUGGUGAUGGGACCAAUGUGACCCUUGACACAGUCUUACAGACGCUGUAACACCACGGCUAUGAAUGAUAUCAAGUCUAUUCCCAUUUACCUCAAGCACAUUAGACAGGCUAUAUUCUGUGGCCAUUGAUGUACGAUGUUGUUGUCAUUUUCUCUUAGUUUUGCUAACACACAAAUGCCUGUGUCUCUCUAGGUGCAGCCCCUGGUCCAGCUGGCUCUAGCUGAUCUGUUGGCAGCAGCCACCCUGAUGUUCACCAACGUAAUGAAUGAGACUGACAGCUUCACCCACAGUGUGUUAAUCUGUAAACGCCUACUGCCUCUGUCACUGGUGAGCCAGCCUACAGUGGUUCUUAUUCGUAGGGAUAGUGCACUAUAAUAAUCCUCAUCUUAGAAUGAACAUUUUAUAGAUACAGUAGAGUUCAAUUUUGUACUUGGUCCCCUUUAAAUACACUCUAUAGCUUUGAGACGCACUACAGAACUGUGAAUAGCCAAACAAUUUCUUGAAAUAUGGUUUAUAAAAAGACAAGAACGCUUGUGUGCUCACCUCUAGACUAAGGUAUAGAUAAGGCAUAGAUACUGUAUAUAUAUGUCUUUGAGUGCUACAGCGUGAGUGAUCCAACUUUAAAAGUUUAGACUUUACAUUCACAUAUCAGCAGACGAAUGUGCAGGUCAGACAGAACACGCAGUACAUUUGGGGUGGAUGAACUGUUCUAUACUGUGUUAUGUCAUGGAGCAUGACAUUAUGCCGUGUCAUUUAUAGGGACCGAGUGUGAAGAAGCGAAGUUUUACAGCUUGUCCUUUUCUAUUAUAGACCUUUAAUUGUGUGCGCUUGCUGUUCUUUACACUUUACGGUGUGCUUUUUUCUAUACAUUUAACAGUGUGUGUGUUUGUGUGUGUGUAUGGUGUGUGUGUGUGUUCUCUGUUCCAGACGUUUUACUGUGUGUCGUUCCUGCUGGUGAUAGUGUAUGCCUGGGAGUCAAAGCAUGCCAUCGAGGGAUGGCGGGAGAGACCAAGAGAGGAAGAGGUGAGGACCCAACCCUCCACCAAGUGCACACACACACACACACCUCGACUCUGUUUGAUUCAUUCUAAAAUCAAAUAUCUCUCUCUCCCCCCAGUCCCAGUGUAGACGAAGGGUGGUGGUUUUGCCUGUAUAUACACUUGUAUGGUGAGUCACAAUUUAAUUUCCAACUAAAAACGUCCCUGCUUUAAACCAAACGGAUCUGCGUAGUGUCUUAAAAGCAACACAUAUCCCUAACUUUUUGUGUGUGUGAUGCCCCUUCAGGUUUACGCCAUUGGUGAUGUACUUUGCGUACAUUAUGACUUUAGUCCUGACCACAGCGGACUUGGUACCAGCCAGCCACGGGACGGCAAACAACAGUGAAGUUAGCACAUACUGCACCAGGUGUGUGUGUGUGUGUCUUUGUCAAGAUUUGUCCUAAUCAUUUGCAUAAUGCUUAUGACACUAAUGAGAGAAAAGGUAGAUACUCUAGCAAAAACAAUUGUAUGAACAAAAUGGUUUCCUUAUCUCACAUCUCUCUGUGUUUCUUCCUAGCUGUAUCCUCCUCCUACAUAUCUGGAGGGACCACUGCUCAGAUAUAGUGAGUAAAUACCUGGGUUCCACCUGUGUUGUAUCUGUGUGUUUAUAAAAGGACUGGACAUGACUGAAUGAGAUCUUGUUUGUUUUGUUUUCCAGGAACAGAUCCAUGACAUGUUCAUGCGAUGCUUCCUCUUCUUCAGUGUGAUACUAGUGUUGGUGUGCUGCACGGUAAGUACCAUAAAUCUUCACUAGUCUAGCAUACAACACGCAAUAUAGUUAACAUAUAAACAUGGGUUCAUUUACAGUAGUUUAAGUAGUUUACAGCCAAUAUAAUGAAGAAUGAUGAUCAUGAAAAUGAUGAGUAAUGAUGAUGAUGUACUGUACCUGUACAGGUGGUUUACUACAAGGUGGGCAGCUUGUAUCGCAGGUACGAGGAGGGACUAUUUCCUGUGGAGGGAGACGCACGUUCCAGGAAACGACUGAGGGGUGUGUUCUCCACUGUUCGCUACAUGAUAGUGGUUAUCAUCUUCUGCUGGACACCAGGUACACAAAGUCAUCCCAACAAACACACACACACACAAACACACCAGGCUGGUGGGAGGAUCUAUAAGAGGAUGGGAUCAUUGUGAUGGCUGGAAUAGAAUCAAUGGAAUGGUAACAAACACACAUAACACAUGGAAACAACGUGUUUUACUCCGUUCCAUUGAUUCCAUUCCAGCCAUUACAAUGAGCCCGUCCUCCUAUAGUGUCAAGAUCGUCUAACAGAGUGGACCAAUGCGCAGCGUUGAAGGCAAACAUAUUUAUUCUCACUGAAGGCAACACGAACAAAAACAACGAACGAUACGUGACAGUUCACGGUUACCAUAAACAGACUCGAAACAAAAACCCACAAACACGAAUGAAAACCCGACUGUUUAAAUAUGGCUCCCAAUCAGAGACAACCAGCUGACACUCGUUGCCUCUGAUUGGGAGUCACUCAGACCAACAUAGAAAUAAGUAACCUAGACCCACAACAAAAACAUAGAAACUAACACCCUGGCUCAACAUACGAGAGUCCCCCGAGCCAGGGCGUGACAUAUAGCUCCUUCCACCAGCCCCCUCUGACACACACACACACACACACACACACACACACACACACAUACGCAUUGUAUGUGUGUAUUGCCAACCUCUGAUAUUUUCUCCUAUCCCCAGCUCUUCUUCUGGUUGUCCUGUCUGUGAUGCCAGACAUACCUCAAGAGAAGCUCUUCCCCCUCUAUGUUAUACAGGUCAGUAUUUCUAUACAACUAUCUCUCUGCUGACUGCAGACAUACAUAGCCCUGCUAAGACACCAUCACCCAGAAUUAAUUGCCCUUUCCCCUAGAGAGCGAUCUUUAGCGAUGUAAAAUCAAUAAUGACACUAAGAUAAGCACCCAUAAUGCUUUAUUCUUACCCACUGGGCACAGAUGUCAGUCAGUUCAAUGUCUAGUUUUGAUUUACAUUUGGUUGAGUUGUCAACUAAUGUGAAUUCAAUGUGAAAUCAACAAAAAAAUGUAAUCAUGUCAUUGGAUUUAGGUUCAAAGUUAGGUGAAAAAAAAGAAAAAUGCCCUUAUGUUAAUUACAUUUUGCAUAUCCAAUCAGUUUUCCACGUUGAUUCAACAUCAUCACAUAGAUUUUUUGAGUUGGGUCCCACUAUACUCCAUCGUUGUGUCUCUGCAGGCGGUGACGGUGUCGCUGCAGGGCUGUCUGAACAGCGUGGUCUACGCCUGGAGACGACCAAACUUCAGGGACGCUGUGCUUGGAGAGAGGAUGCCCCUGCUCAGCCAAGACGCCCCCCUGUCCUUCUUCGACGAAUCACUGAAGGGGGCCACCAGAGUGACGGAAGAGGAAGUGAGACAUUCUACUCGCUAUUUUUUUCUGGUUCAUAUACAGUCAAUAAACUAAGCAAACCAGACCCAGCAUUGGUGCCUAUGGGAGAGCCACCCCCUUAAGCAGACUGAAACUGACCAUUUUUGUUCAAUGGUAAUCAGCCUGACUGGGACAUCUCAUCUAUUUACAAUUUUUGGUGCCGCCCUUGACGCCUGACCUCUAACCCCUGACCGCUGACUCGAGAGACGCUGCUGGGCUGCUGGUGGAAUUCUCCCUCUGGCCCAGAUCUAGAAGUUUACCCUGCUCAAAUACUAACCUUCACCAUUGAGGGAAGCGAUGCAACACUGGCCUUAGA